AGAAAGUAAAGUUGCUUAUAAAGUAAGUUCACUGAUUUCAGUUCAUCAUAAAAAUCUAAUAUGUUUACUAGUGCAACACUCAUGUUUAUUUCAGGAUGCAUUAUAAAUUCACAAAUGGUGACUGGUGGAUCAAAGAUAACUGUCAAACAAUAUCCUCAGGAGAUCAGAAGCUCGCAUGGUGCAAGUGUGGCCAUAACAUGUGAAUUUAAUUACCAAGGGAAAGUGCCAUUCCAAACAGAUGUUUCCUGGUUUAGGAGCCACAAUAGGCCAAUUAAUCAUUACUCAAAAAAUGAGAAGAUUUCAACUACAGACAAUUUGCAUAUAUAUGUUUAUGGCAACCACUCCAAGUGUUAUACUAUUUUAGUCAUCCAAGACCUCCAGCUCAAUGAUACUGAUAAAUACUUCUGUGAAGUGCUACUUAUUGUCCCUCCGCCAAUAACCAGCCGAGGAAACGGAACCAGGCUGAUUGUCUAUGAUCCAGAAGAGUGUCAAAUGCAGGAAUGUCCUUGGUUGAAGUACUUUUUCGUAGCUCUAAUUGCAUGCGGGGGUGUAAUCAUAGCUGUGUUAUUGAUCAUCUGUGCAAAACAUUAUUGGGACACAGAGAGAAACAAAAUGAAAAGAACGUGUAACCCCACUGAUGAGAACACCACAGUGUAUGAAGACAUGACAUUUGUUAGGCCCUUACCAAAAGGGAGUCAGCUGCCUACUAGAAAACAUGCAGCAUAAUUAAGGGCAAACUUUUUUUUUUUUUUUUUUUUUAAAUAUGUACGCAAUGAUUCAUAAAUAUACAUUAUAUAAUGAUCCCCGACCUUAACCAACUGUUAAAUGUCUUGGCUUCAUAAUUGCAGCACUUUGAUGGUGGCAAAAAUGACAACAUAUUACAGUUUAUUUUUAUAUAUAUUUUUUUUUGUAAAGUGUUACUCAUUUUGCUUAUAUAAUAAAUGUCUGUACUGGUACUGUAUAUUACCAAGCAAACUAUAAUCAUGUCUUCAGCCAGACCUAACGGAAGUAUAUCUU